AUGAACACCAUUCGAUCAACCUGGAUUGGCUGGGGCUCCCUCUGUGUCGCCGGCGGCGGCGCUUACUACUUUGCCAAACAAUCCAUCAAUGCCGACCGACAAGCCCGCUUCGAAGCCGAAGCCACCCGCAAGGCCCAGUUGAAAGCAAUGGAAGCCGAGCAUAAACGACAGGCAGCCAUGCCCGCUACCCCGAGUCCCGCGAACCCAAGCGAGGACCCCAGUCUGAAGCGCGCGAAUAUGACCCGAUUCCAGAACGCGGCCGACGACGUUGCCUCGCCCAGUGCCGAAGCUUCGCACGACCCGGCACCAACGCGACACGAGCCGAUGACCGAAACCGAUCGGGUAUUGGAGAAGGGGAAAUACGAGGCUGCAGAGCCGUUCCGGCCGCCGCGGGGGAACCGCUUCAGUUGA